UGUAACCUUUUCCCUUUGGCAAACCACAGCCACUCAACGCCCAAAGACCGUCUUCUUUCUCCUAGGCCUGCUCAAUAUUGAGGGUGCACUACUUCUUCCUGGGCUCUAUUUCAAUAUUGGCAGAAAAAGAAAAUCAAAUCAUGGCUUCACCCUCUACUUCAAUCCAUGAAGGGAUUUAUGAUGUUUUCUUAAGUUUUAGGGGAGAAACCCGCUACCACUUCACUGAUCACCUCUACUCCGCUCUGAGAGAUAAUGGCUUCCACACCUUUAGAGAUGACGAAGAGCUUGAGAGAGGAGAUGUGAUUGCUCCAGGACUCCUUAAAGCUAUUGAGCAAUCAAGGAUUUCUAUUGUGGUCUUCUCAGAAAACUAUGCCCAAUCUAGAUGGUGUUUGGACGAACUGGUCAAAAUCAUCGAGUGUAUGACAGAAAGGAAACAAAUAGUUCUGCCAGUUUUCUACCAUGUGGAUCCUUCCCAUGUGCGGAAGCAAAUGGGGAGUUAUGGAGAGGCAUUUGCAGAUCAUGAAAAGGAUGCUGAUCUGAAGAAAAGGGAGAAGAUACAGAAGUGGAGGACUGCCUUGACAGAAACAAGCAAUCUAUCUGGCUGGCAUCUACUUGAUAAUCAGUCUGAGUCCGUUGUUAUUGAAGAAAUUACUAAUAACAUCAUUACCAGAUUGAAUCCUAAUAGUUUACAUGUCGGCGAAAACAUAGUUGGAAUGAAUAUUCGUUUGAAAAAACUCAGAUCUUUGAUAAACAUUGAUUUGAAUAAUGUUCUCGUGGUUGGGAUUUGUGGAAUUGGUGGAAUCGGUAAGACUACCAUCGCCAAAGCUCUUUAUAAUGUGAUCUCAUAUCAAUUUAAGGGUGCUUCAUUUCUUGCAAAUGUUAGAGAGAACUCCAAAGAUGAUGUUGGUCUACUUCGGUUACAACAACAACUCCUUAAUGACAUCCAAAAGAGAAAAAAUCGGCAAAUAAGUAAUGUUCACGAAGGAAUGAAUGCGAUAAAGAAAGUGCUCUCCUUAAAAAGAGUUCUUGUUGUUCUCGAUGACGUAGAUAAUUGCAGACAAGUAGAAAACUUGGUGGGGAAGCGUGAUUGCUUUGCCCAUGGAAGUAGAAUCCUCAUAACAACUAGAGAUAGGCAUCCACUUGAUGCGUAUGGAGUGGAUAAACCAUAUCAUGAGAUUGAAGAACUAAAUUAUGAAGAAGCUCUUCAACUCUUCAGCUUGUAUGCCUUUAAACCAAAUUGUUGCCAAGAAGAUUAUGAAGAUCUCUCGGACCGUAUAGUAAAGUAUGCUAAAGGCCUCCCAUUAAUUCUUCAAGUUUUGGGUUCUCACUUAUGUGAGAGGACACCAAGUGAAUGGGAAAGUGAAUUACAUAAGUUGGAAAGAGAACCAGUCCAAGAAAUUCAGAAUGUGCUGAAAAUAAGUUAUGAUGGAUUAGAUCGUACACAAGGAGAUAUAUUCCUAGAUAUUGCAUGCUUCUUUAAAGGCCAAGACAAAGAUUUUGUUUCAAGAAUAUUAGAUGGUUGUGAUUUCUAUGCAGAGAGUGGAUUCAGAGUUCUACUUGAUAGGUGUCUUAUAACCAUUUUAGACAAUAAGAUACAUAUGCAUGAUUUGAUACAACAAAUGGGUUGGCACAUUGUUCAUGAACAAAAUCCUGAAAAGCCUGGCAAAUGGAGUAGAUUGUGGGAGCGUGAGGAUGUCUUUCGUGUAUUAACAAGAAAUGAGGGGACAGAAGCAAUCAAAGGGAUAUUUCUAGAUAUGUCAACAUCAAAACAAUUGCAAUUUACUACUGAAGCUUUCAAAAUGAUGAAUAAUCUUAGAUUACUCAAAGUCCAUCAAGAUGAUAACUAUGAUUCUGCUGUACGACAUUGGACACUUUGGGGACUUUUUGAAAUGCACCUUUCUCAAGUACACUUUUGUAGGGACUUUGAGUUUCCUUCUCAGGAGUUGAGAUAUCUCCAUUGGGAUGGAUACCCUUUGGAAUCUUUACCAUCAAAUUUUUAUGCAGAGAACCUGGUAGAACUCAACUUGCGGUGUAGCAACGUAAAGCAACUUUGGGAAACAGAGCUUUUUAAAAAGUUAAAGGUCAUCGAUCUUAGUCAUUCUGAGCAUCUCAACGAGAUUCCAAACCCCUCAAGUGUACCAAAUUUGGAGAUACUAACUCUUGAAGGGUGCAUAAACCUUGAGAGUCUUCCAAGGAGUAUUUAUAAAUUGAGACGCCUUAAAACUCUCUGUUGUCGUGGCUGUGAAAAUCUAAGAAGCUUUCCGGAAAUCAUGGGUAAUAUGGAAAAACUAAGAAAGCUUGACUUAGAUAAUACAGCUAUAGUAAAGUUACCAUCAUCAAUUGAACACCUGAAAGGACUUGAGUACUUGGUUUUAUCAAAUUGUAAAGACCUCAUAACCGUCCCUCAAAGCAUUUGUAAUUUGACAUCUCUUAAAUUUCUCAGUUUUGACUGCUGUUCAAAACUUGAAAAGUUGCCAGAGGAUUUGAAGAGCUUGAAAUGUUUACAGACGCUUUAUUUACACGAUCUCAAUUGUCAACUGCCUUCUGUGUCAGGUUUAUGCUCCUUAAGAGAAUUGUAUCUAAGUAUGUCAAAUCUAACACAAGGAGUAAUCCCGAGCAAUAAUUUGUUGAACUCAUUGAAAGUAUUAAAUUUGAGCGAAAGCAAUGUAAUUGACAAAGGGAUCCUCAUUCAUAUUUGUCACCUAUCAUCGUUGGAAGAACUGCACCUAAAUAAUUGCAAUCUAAUGGACAGAGACAUCCCCAGUGAAGUUUGUCAACUAUCAUCAUUGAAAGUAUUAGAUCUGAGCUGGAAUCAUUUUAGUAGCAUACCUGCUUGCAUCAGUAAACUUUCUAAACUGAAAGCCCUUGGGUUGAGUCACUGCAAGAACCUUCUACAAAUUCCAGAGCUUCCAUCAUCUCUACAAUUUUUAGAGGCACACAAUUCACAUUUUACUUUAUCAAGUCCAUCGUCAUUUUUACCAUCAUCAUUUUCAGAGUUUCAGGAUUUGGUAUGUGGUAGUUCAUUUCAAUUAUGUUUACGUUAUUCUUACUCCUAUUUUGAAGAGGGAGUCAGUAUUUUUUUUCCUGGAAUUAGUGGAAUUCCAGAGUGGAUAAUGGGUCAGAAUAUGGGAAAUCAUGUAACCAUAGAUCUUCCUCAGGAUUGGUAUGAGGACAAGGACUUCUUGGGAUUUGCUUUAUGCUCGGCUUAUGUUCCUCUUGAUGACGAAUCUAAGGAUGAUUUUGAACAUGGAUUUGAGGAUAAAUCAGAGAUUCAAUCUGAAAAUGAAUCAGAUCAUGAUGAAUGGGCUCAUAAAUCUGAGGAUGAAUCUGGGAAUGGAUCUGCCUAUAAAUUUGAUAACAAAUCUGAGUAUGAAUAUCGACGUCCUUGUAAUUUAGAUUGUGAUUUGACUUUCCAUGGUGAUCAAUCUGAAUUCUCGAUUUAUCCGUCCUUGUCAUCCUGGUGUGAAUGCUGUGAAAGUGAUGGUGCAUCAGGUCAAGUGUGGGUGUUGUAUUAUCCAAAGUUUGCCAUUGAGGAAAAGUAUCACUCCAAUACGUGGGGGCGCUUGAAGGCUUCAUUUCAUGGUUACUUCAAUGGUAUGCCGGUGAAAGUGGAGAAGUGUGGGAUGCAGCUCAUAUAUGCCAAAAAUGAUGAGUAUAACCAUCCUACACUGACAACAAUGCCGGACAAUUGGAAUGUGGAAUGUUUGCAGAAGCUUUAUUUAGAUGGUACUGCUAUUAAGGAAAUACCAUCCUCAAUAGACAGUCUCUCCAUACUUGUUCAGUUUUAUACACGAAACUGCAAAAACCUUGAGAGUCUUCCAAGGAGCAUUUGUAGGUUGAAAUACCUUCAAGUUCUUUGUUGCACUAACUGUUCUAAGCUAGGAAGUUUUCCAGAAGUCAUGGAGAAUAUGAACAAUUUACGAGAGCUUCAUUUACAUGGAACAGCUAUACAAGAUCUACCAUCAUCAAUUGAAAAUUUGAAGGGCCUCGAAUUUUUGGAUUUAGCAUUUUGCAAAAAGCUUGUGACCCUUCCUACCCACAUUUGUAAUUUGAAAUCUCUCAAAACUCUUGAUGUUUAUGGUUGUUCAAAACUCAACAAAUUGCCAAAGAGCCUGGGAAGCCUGCAAUGUUUGGAGCACCUUGAUGCUGGAUGUUUAGGUUCAAUUGCUUCUCAACUGCCUUCUUUGUCAGGUCUAUGCUCCUUAAGAAUAUUACAUCUGAAUGGGUUAAAUCUAAUGCAAUGGUCAAUCCAGGAUGACAUUUGCCGGUUGUACUCACUGGAGGUAUUAGAUCUCACUAACUGCAAUCUAAUUGAUGACGGAAUCGCAGAUGAAAUUUUUCACCUAUCAUCACUGCAAGUAUUAUGUCUAAGCAGAAACCACAUUAGCAAGAUACCUACUGGAAUUAGUCAACUUUCAAAGCUGCAAGUGCUUGGAUUUAGUCACUGCAAGAUGGCUGUCGAAAUUCCAGAACUUCCAUCAAGUCUACGGUCCAUGGAUGUACAUGCUUGUACAGGCCUGAAAACAUUAUCAAAUCCAUCAAGUCUAUUUUGGGCUUCUCUCUUCAAAUGCUUCAAAUCAGCUAUUCAGGAUUUGGAAUGUGGAAAUCAUUGCUAUGAUCCAUCUCCAGAAGCAUGGCCAGAUUUUUGUUAUUUUGGUCAGGGAAUUAGUAUUCUUAUUCCAAGAAGUAGUGGAAUUCCAGAAUGGAUACGACAUCAGAAAAAGGGAUCCAGAGUAACAACAGAGCUUCCUCGGUAUUGGUAUAAAAACAAGGAUUUAUUGGGAUUUGCUUUAUGCUCUAUUCAUAUUCCUCUUAAUAAUGAGUCCGUGGAUAUGUCAAAAGAUUUUGAUCUACCUCUUUGUAGUUUAAAAUGUGAAUUGACUUUCUGUGGUGAUCAAUUUGCAUUCUUGGAUGAUCUGUCCUUAGAUUCCUGGUGUGAAUGCUAUGAAAAUGAUGGGGCAUCAGGUCAAGUGUGGGUGUUGUAUUAUCCAAAGGUUGCUAUUAAGGAAAAGUAUCACUCUAAUAAGUGGAGGCGCUUGAAUGCUUCAUUUCAUGGUUGCUUGAAUGGUAUACCGGUGAAGGUGGAGAAGUGUGGGAUGCAGCUCAUAUAUUCCGAAAAUGAUGUGUAUAGCCGUCCUACAUGGAUACAACACACUGAUUCUCAAGAGAAUUUGGGUGACCAAAGAUCAACAGUAGAGGAUGUGCAUGUUAAUGAUCGGAGAAGCUGUGAUGAUGCACAAAAUACUACACAGCAGACCCAUUUGCCAAUAAUGCAAUACACGAAUGGUACUGAUCCUGGCGUGCAAGAUGAUGAACAGAACCAUAUGCCUAGGUCGUUGAAUCUUCUUUUCAACAUUAUUGAAUGCAUAUGCUGUGGAAGACAAUAAUGCCAAUUACUGAUGUCAAGCUUUCAACUUAUCUUUGUUUUGCAGGAGCUUGAUAUUUCUGAGUAUGUGGGAGCCUACCUACCUUACUACAGAAUGAGUGGGAGGUGAUCGUGUCUAGGCCUUAUAUCCUUCAAUACACAUUUUUAUUUGCAAUAUGUGAGGCCUGAUUGAUGAUGUGGAGCAGGGUUCAUCCAUCUACAUAUUGGAUUCCGUCUCAGAUCCCUGAAAUUAUCAAAAAUGGGGACCAAGGUGUUGGUGAUUAGAUUGGCGAUACUGAUGAAAUAGAUGCAGAAGCAUUUGACAAAGCAUAUGUCACUGGAGCUUGCAUAUCCCUUGUUGAAAAGUGUACGUGUAAGUGGCCUCCAGUAUUGGCCUUAAGUAAUAGAGAUUGUUCAUGAAGAUAAACCAUGGUGGAGUUCUGGAGAUGAGAAUAACUCUUGUAAUUUUGGUAUGCUGUAUAUCAAGUGGAAGGUUGGAGCUUGUUCACAUGUGGAUGGCCCCAUAGGAUAUCAAUCAUUACUGUCAUGAGCAAUGCACAACGUUGUGGUGACAAUUUAUUUUACUAUGGUUGAUCUGAUGUUGGUUUCCAGGCAUUUUGCUUGCAAGUAUCAGUUGAAUGUGUGAGCAAGGACAGACCAGCUCUUCUACAGGUUGGGCGAGGGAAUGUGACAAUUUAAGGCUAUUAAUAAGGAUGGAGCGGGACGGAUUUUAUCAGCCCACGCCUUUGGGAAAAUCUCACCCAACAAAUCUUCUACACUCAAUGCAAUGCAUCUAGCUACUAUCUUUGAUGAUUCGAAAUUGUGCUCUUUCAUUACAGUAUUCUUUUCAAGGAGGACACAAUGAUGCCUGGUGACCAGAGCAGAGGCAAGAAGAAAAAGAAGGCAGUCGAAGAGACUAGGUCUCUUUCAUGGCAGGAGAAGAAGGAGCUCGCUGAUAGAGAAGAAGAGGUUUUAGAAAAAGAAGUGGAACAACUCAUUACAUGGACCAAUAUGAUCGAUGUGAUGGAUGAUGACCAGCUCAAGGAAUACUUGAAGAACCGACCAGACGAUUUGAAAACUGUGAAGACAAAGGCAGCUCCAAGCAAAAGACUGCAGAGAACUGGGAAUCCUAAAAGUUCUACUACCAAUACAAUCAUGGCUUCAGUAUGGAAGUUUCAUAAAGAAGAUGGUGAAGAAGCAUCAACCCCAAUGCCUAAAACUUAGGGUUUGUGUGAGUCAGAAGAUAUAACAGUGAGUAGCAUUUUGUGUUUGUAAAAAAGCUAGCUAUGAAUUUGGUGAUGUGAUGUGUGAUAUAAUAUCCUUUAGCAAUGUGUUUGGUGGGAUAUCAAAUUUUUUAAAAAUUGUAAGUGUGUUUUUUGGGAGUGAUAAUUAUUAAAAAAAUGUCGAAGUA